AUGUCCAGAGGUGUCCUGCCCCACGGUGCAAGUCGUACCCUGCUUCUGAACAGUGCGAUGCACUCAUUACCAGAAAAAGAGUUCAACACAGCGCUCCAGGAAACUCUUUCCUCACAAAUCCCACCCCCAGCUAUUCCCGAAGACUUCUCACAUCACAGUGUGCCCGUCAAGAUGUCUACAACCCAUCCAUUAAACAUAUCCACUAUCUUGCCUCCAGAACUAUUACCUGCAAUGUCAUCACAUCUUAUAAUCAAUCCCGAGCCCUCACCUGUCAUAUUUCACAUACCUGACUUCUAUACCCUGCAUCGCAUCACAGACUAUGCCCAGCCCCAUCCCAUCAACAAUGAGCCCUACCUCUCUAACACUCAUACUCGUCCUUUGCUUCCAUCAUUGGCAAAACUUCCUUCUCCUACUCUUCAACACAGUACCAAAGUUCGUGUGGUAUCCGAUGAUUUCACGAGCAACUGGUCUUCUUACACACAAAGAGGGACCUCGGCUCUUCCGAAAGUUGGCUUUCCUUCUAUGCUCGAUUUCCUUGAUUCAGCAAAUGUGAACAGAAAGAAGGUUGUCUCAAUGACGAAGAACUUGAGUUUCUUGGGAUAUGUGCACCAGGUGGGAAUGGACAUCCUUUGCUGUGCAACAGGUCCUGUACUCCCACUAGUGUUCCUCCAGCCCCACCUAACAGACCCUUAUCCCAAGAGAUGGGUGAAAGCAGCGGACACUAAGAACAUAGUCUACCUCAUGACGCUCUGCUAG